GUUCCUCCUGCCGUGUUUGCAGGACAUGGUUCGUCGGGGGGAGAUUCUGGACGAAACCAUGGAGGACGAGUUCUACCUUCGGCGUCUGGACGCCGGGCUGUUUGUUCUUCAGCUGCUGUGCUAUAUUAUGGUGGAGAUCAGCAACUCAGGAGUCUCUCAGCUUCAGCAGCGGGUUCAUCAAAUUCUUAAUAUAAGGGGAGGCUCUGUCAAAGUGGUACGCCACAUCAUGAGAGAAUACGCAGAGAGCAUUGGAGAUGGAAAGAGCGAGGAGUUCAAAGAAGCUGAGCGGAAGAGGAUCAUGGACCUUGCGGACAACUUUUAAUCUUUCUUUCCCACACAGACGGAGAAACCCAUCCAGGCAGACAGAUUAGUUACAUUCCAGACAGGUGAAGCCAAACUUUACUAAAACAGAAAAGAAAAAAUAAUCAAAAAUGUCCUGUAAAGAAUUGAAGUAGGGGUAGCUUUUCUCUUUUUGCCUCAAUCUCUCACACUGAAACUGAAUAUAUGCAAUCCGUCUGCUUAAAUAAAUAAUCAUUGAUUAAAUUGUUUGCUCAGACAACUAGCUCGACCGAAACAGAAAACCAACAUGAUUACAUCUCCUCCCCCAUUUAACCUGUUUGUUUUUUUGAAUUUAGCUGUAAACUAUUUUCUAAUAAAACACUUGGUAUUAAA